AUAAUUGGUUUUGAAGAAUUUAAAAAAUUAUAUUGAUUAGAAAAUAAAAAUUCUUCUAACAAUAACGAAACGUAGUUUUUCAAGAAAUCAUUUGGAUUGAAAAUUUCGAAGUUUUCUCUUUACUGAUAAAAUAAUUCAAUUUUAGUGCAAUUUAACAGUUCGUUCUUCUCGACACAUAAUCAAAAAUCUUUAUUAUAUAAUUUCAGAUACUUCGUUCUGAAUUUUUUAAAAAUAAAAAAUGUUUAUCAUUUGAAAGAAUGAUUUUUAAUUGUUAAAUAUUGAGAUUGGUACAAUAUUUAAUUAAUAAAGAUUCAAAAUAUCUUUGAAAAUCGUUUUUUGUGGGAAAAUUGAUGAAUGAAUAUUAAAAAAAAAAUACACUCGAUGUCUUUCUUCGUCGAUAUCGUAACAGAGGAUUCUUUUUACGAGAAUCUUACAUUAGGUGUGGUCAAGAUUCUCGAAAGUUUUCCAUACGUAAAAAAUGUACGAGUCGAUCGUAGAAACGGAUGUGAAACUACGGUCAUUAAUAGCUGGGAGCAACGCCAUUGUUGUACACUCCCGGAAGAUGUUAAGAACUUUUAUGCCUCGAUCGAUGGCUUCCUGCUUCAGUGGAAUCUCGAGAUAGCAGGUGAAGAAUUUUCUAUAGGAUGCAUGGAAAUUGGCACCUUUUCCUCUUUAAAACGCUAUACAAACAAUUCUAAAAAUCAUCAAACAGAUGCUACUAAGAAAGAAUCUUACAAUGACAUCCAUAAAUCAGACAAUGAAACCAUUUGCGGUAGUUCUACCGAUCUUGAGAAUGCAAUUUCACUUCAUUUGCAGGAAAAUGAUUACAAAAUGUUUGAAAUAGCAAGAUGCUUUCCAGAAAGUGAAAUUGCCAAGAUCUAUUUGGUAUAUCGUAUAAAACCGGAAGUGGAGUCGCCAACAAUCUGGCUACAUCGAGAAAAUACUAAUAAAUGGUAUCGCUUAGCAGAAAAUUUCACUGUAUACUUUCGUAUGAUGCUUGUUCAUUUGGGUUUGCCAUUGUGGCAAUGUUGCGUGGCUGGUUUGUCUCUUCCAGCAUGGGUACAACAAGUCUAUUUUUUAAUUGGUCCUCAUUUACUUCCUUCUACCGUUGAACCGAUGGAAACUAUUUCUACUUCCAUGUGGAACAAUGGACCUACAAAUAUUAUCGAUCCAGCUAUUUUUAAAGGAAGAGAAGGAAAACAAAAAAGUUCAAAAAAGAAGUAAUUUUUAUAACAUUAUGGUUUCAUUCUUCUUAAUAUAUGAUUGAUAAGAUUCAAGAGCAGAUAAAAUUAAUGUUUUUAAAUUAGUAGAAUGUACAUCUACAUUUAUGUACGUAAAAGUAAAUUAUAAAAUUAUAAAAGUAAAUAAUAUUUUUUUCAUGAAAAUAUUUUUUGUUGGAUAUAUCGUUGUUAUGAUA